UAGUUUAGUUACGAUUUCGAAAACGACCCGACGCGUCCCGCCGCCGGCGACAACCCUAUUUCUCAAAUUUUUCUUCGCUUUAACUUUGUCAUUUUCUCGAACAUCGUCGUUUGAUUAUUUGACUAAUUGUGUUUGUGUUUUUGAUUGUGCAUUGACUAUUUGUGUUUCUUGGAUUAUUUGAUCAGUCAUCAAACGGAUUUUCGACCGUUUCAAGAAGCGAAACACGAAUUCUACCAGUAAUGACAAACACCUAGCAAUAUGGGGGUGACUGACGACUUUGCCCCGAGCUUCACGCAGAAGCCUCAGCUUCGUCAGGAGGAUGAUGGCAACAAGCUGGUCUUCGAGUGCCAGCUCCUUGCGUCGCCCAAGCCUGAGAUCAGCUGGUAUCGCAGUGAUGAACUGCUCAAGGAGGAUAACAGAACACAGUUCAAGAUCCAAACCAUCGCAAACAACAAGUUUCUGGUGGUGCUGGAACUGGACGACGUGAUCGAGACAGAUGCGGGGCUCUACAAGGUUAAGGCUAAAAAUAAGAUGGGCGAGGUGGCCGCCUCCAUCAACCUUAACUUUAGCCCCGCUGACGAAGAAAAACAAAAACAAGUAGACGGUAAAGCGCCAACGUUCGCGCGCAAGCCGGCCAUCCGUCAGGAGGACGAUGGCAAGCGACUGAUAUUCGAGUGCCGUAUUGAGGCCGAACCGGUGCCCACAGUAGCCUGGUUCCACAACACAGGCGAGGUCACACCAGGACCCAGACACAAGUUAUCAGUAAGCAAAGACGGCAAGUCUUAUCAUGCGUCUUUAGAAAUCAACAAUGUGACAGUUGAAGACGCUGGAAAAUACCGGGUAACGGCUAAAAACGAACUCGGAGAGAGUAACGCGACGAUCAGCUUAAAUUUCGACAGCGACGAAGCGCCCGUGCCUGAAGAUUUUAUUAAACCGACAUUUACGGAGAGACCUGUCAUCAGGCAAUCGGAAGAUGGUACCAAAAUCACUUUCGAAUGUCGAUGUGUUGGCAAACCGAAACCAACCAUAGCAUGGUACCAUGGAAAGAAAUUAAUUAAAGAAAGUCACCGUUACAAAAUAACAUUAGAAGAGGACCAAACUUUAUAUCACAUGGCGCGGCUAGAAAUUAUAGGCGUAGAAAAUUCUGACAAAGGAGAAUACAGGGCUGUGGCUAAAAACAAACACGGUGAAGGCGUAGCUAAGAUAAAUUUAAAUUUCCAGGGUGGGGAUAAACCAAAAAUCCCCGAUGGCAAAGCACCUAGGUUCCCAAAAAAACCCACUAUUAGACAAGAAGGGGAUAUAUUAAUAAUGGAAUGUAUUCUUGAAGCGUAUCCGGUACCAGAUAUUACGUGGUAUCACGGAGACAAGGAAAUUAGGGACGGAAAUAAAAUGAAGAUGUCUAGAAAAGCUGUUGGAAAGGAUACGUUUAACCUCACCUUAGAAAUUUUAGGUCCCACAAAGGAAGAUGGUGGAAAUUAUAGAUGUAACGCUUUUAAUGUGUUUGGUGAGAGCAAUGCCAACAUUGCUCUAAACUUCCAAGGUGGGGAUGAUGAAAAUGGUUUUGCACCUUCGUUUGUGGAAAAACCACGAAUCAUUCCCAAUGAAGAUGGCACACUCAUUACAAUGCGUUGUGUCUGCAAAGCCAAGCCGGCGGCUGAAGUUAAGUGGUACCGAGGCACGACCCUUAUUAAGGCUAGCAGUAAAAUUGAAAUUAAAUCGUCUGUAAUAAGCGAAGACGUUUACGAGUUAAUAUUGCUUUUAUCGAACCCGACAGCAGCGGAUGGUGGCGCUUACCGCUGCCAUGUCCAAAACGAAUUCGGUGAAAGCAAUGCUAAUCUUAACUUAAAUAUUGAAGCCGAACCUGAACCUGAAGGAGAAGGACCAACGUUUGUUGAGAAACCCACAAUUCAGUCUAAAGAGAACGGUAAACUUGUAGUAAUGGGAUGUAAAGUGAAAGCUAGCCCCAGACCAACAAUCGUAUGGUACCACGAGGGUAAGGAAAUUCGGGACUCGUCGAAAAUAAAAACCAGAGUCGAAGUAAAAGAAGAUGUUUACACUAUAGUUUUGGAACUAGUCGACCCUGGUAUUGAAGACUCCGGAUUGUAUAAAUGUAAUAUCAAAAAUGAACUUGGAGAGCUCAAUGCUAAUCUAACGCUCAAUAUAGAAAUCAUUCCAGUUAUUAAAGAAAAACCAAAGAUCAUUAAGAUAGUUAAAAAGAAGACUGUGAUCGUUGAAUGUAAAGUAUUAAGUAAAUUUGCACCUUCUUGCACGUGGUUUAAAGAAUCCAGUGCUGUCAAGGAAGAUUCUAGGCACACUGUUUUAAUUGAACCUGUUAGAGAAGGAGAAUUCGCAGUCAAAUUAGAGAUCUCUAAUGUGUCACAACAAGACAAGGGAUCAUACAAACUUGUUGCGAAGAAUGAGAAGGGUGAAGCAGUAUCACAACAAGUAGAAGUCACUGAUAUUCCUGAGGAAAAAGGAGACAAACCACAAAUCAUCAAACACCUCAGGAGUUUAGCUAAAAAAGAAAACGAAGAAGCUGAAUUUGUAGCAGUUCUUAAAACAUCAGAUCAAUCGUGUAGAUGUACAUGGUAUAAAAACUCGACCGUGAUUAGAGAGUCUUCAGAUAUUAAUACAUCAUUUGAUGGCACAAAUGCACGUUUGAUAAUAAGAAAAGUAUCAUCAAAAUAUGUAGCUAACUACAGAGUGGUUAUCAAAAAUGAAUUCGGUGAAGACGAAUCUAGUGCUGAUUUAACCAUUGUUGAAGAAAAGAAAAAGAAAAAAGAAGAAGAAGAAGAAGAGACUACAGUGAUAGAAGAAUCUGAAGAAGAAAUGUCCAUUGUUGAGGAGAAGUCUAUCAUUGAAGAAAAUCACAUCGAAGAGAAAAGGCAGCCAGAGAAAAGGAAACAACAAGAAGAAGAGGAGAGUAUUGUUGAGGAAAAGAAAACAACAGCUAAAAAGGUAUCAAAGAAAGAAGAAGUAAAAAUGGAAGCAAACAAGGAAGAAGUUAAAGUAGAAGCUAAGAAAACUGAAGCCAAAGUAGAAGCAAAGAAAGUCGAAACUAAAGUUCAGGAGCAAAAGAAAACCGAGGCUGAAAUAGAAGAGGCCAAAAAAAUUUUAGAGAAGAAAACAGCUAAGACAGAAGAAGAAAAAAAAGCACUUCUAGAGAAAAUUGAGAAAAAGAAAACGGAGAAGGCGCCUGAAGCUGAACCAAAAAUAGAAGGCAUUCCAAAACUAAAACCAGUGAAACCCAAAGAAGAACCUAAACCAGUUGAAGAAAAGAAAGAUACUAAAAAGUCUGAAGAAAAGAAGAAAGUUGUUAAGAAGAAGGUUGUUUCUAAAAAGAAGGAAGCAGACGAGGAAUUGGAGUUUGUCGAUGAUUACGAGCGUCCAGUUCUGGAGAAAUAUGAAAGAAUUACACCAACACCACUUGAAAAGAGACAAAGAGUUAGUGACACACCAAAGACUAAGCGUGCAUCGUUAGCUGAGAGUGUUGAAAGUCAACCUGAGGAAAGUGAGGAGGAACCUUCAGUAGCUACUCCGGUACCUGAUAAAAAAUCGAAGGUUGAAACUGAAGAAAAGGUUACAGAAGAAACCAAACGAACAAGUAUUAAAAAAGGUGUACCUAAACCUGAAGAACCCGUUGACGAAUUAACUCAAAUUAAAUUGUCUAAAACGCCACUAAAACCUGAGACUGAAAUACCUGAAGAACCACAAGUAGCACAGAGCAGAAAACCAGUCAAAAAGCCUGAUGAACAAAAAGAAUUCGUUGAUGAUUAUGAACGGCCAGAUCUAGAAAAGUACGAAAAAGUUACUCCUACACCAUCUGAUAGGACAAAGAAACAAAACGGAGUUCGUGAGGAAUCGCCUGAAUUCGUUGAUGAUUACGAAAAACCAGAACUUGAAAAAUAUGAAAAAAUUUCUCCUACACCUAAAGACAAACGGCGUCCUAGUGACACACAGGAUGAAACUGACAUGAUGAAAGGUAAAAUAAAACCAAAACCAAAAGAAGAUGAACCAGAAAUGCCUACACUACGCAAACGAUCUGUGGCUAAAGAUAAGGAAGAGGAGAAAAAACCGGAUGAGAAACCAAAACCAAAAUCUGUUAAAAAAGAUGAAACAAAACCUAAAAAACGACCUUCUAUCAAAGAAAAGGAGGUUGAAGAGGAGUUUAUCGACGAUUACGAGAGACCAGUUCUCGAAAAAUAUGAAAAAAUUAGCCCUACACCACUCGAGAAAAAGAAAAAGGUACACAUUGACAUAUUCAAUAUAGCUUUUAUACACCUUUCCUCUUACUCAACACACUUUUUACCCCAAACUAGCACUUUAAAAUAUAAAUAGUGUAAAAAGUCUAUACAGGUUCUUAGUAAUUAUUUUGUAUUUAAUUAGGAGGACAAAAAACCAGAAGAACAAACUUCUUCAGUAACGGCGCAAAGGCGACGUUCAGUUAAAGAUAAAGAUAAACCUGAGCCAAUGGAAGUCGAUGAAGUAGUUAAUGUUGAAAAGCCUAAAACUCCAGUUAAACCGGGGCAAAUGCCCGAAGACGUUUCACUCACUCACAAAACACCGGCUGAAAUUAAGCCAACGGAGGGUGAAGCUGAAGCUAAACUCAAAAUUAAGAAACCUGAAAUCGUCGAAGAUAAAACUAUUAAACGACCAACCCCUAAGGAUAAAGACGAAAAGACUCAGGUCGAGGAUACCGAGGAAUCUGUCAGUCUCACCAAACCGAGAACUAAGACUAGCACAACUGCCCCUGAAGAGGCAUCACUAACGCAAAAGAAACCUGCGCAGAAAAAACCCACGGAGGGUUCAGAGGCUGCAGAACUAAAAGUCAAAAAACCCGCCGUUGUAAAGAAACCCAAAAACGAGUAUGAAUUGGAUUUCAUCGACGAUUACGAGAGACCAGUUCUUGAGAAAUAUGAAAAAAUUUCACCAACACCACUUGUAAAGGAAAAGAAAGAAAAAGAAGUGACCAAGACUGACAGCAGAAGAACAUCAGUUCAAAGCGAGAUGCAAGUUGAGAAAGAACAGUUUCUUGCUGUACAGACUGAAAGCCGAAGAGAGUCCAUUCAAAAUGAGGUACAAGAAGUCAAAACAGAGAGCCGGCGUAGCUCUAUCAUUGAAAACAAAUCGUUUAAGUUCACUAAAGAGACUUCGGACAGCAGAAAAUCAUCGGUGGCAUCGAUUUCCGAACAAGAACAGGUUUCACAAUUUAAAAAAUCUGCACUCAAGACCAAGGUUGUAAAGGAACCAGAAGUAGUCAAUGAAUUAGAACAAAUUAAGCUUAAGAAAGUUGAGAUUAAAAAGGAAAACGUUCAGGAAGAAGCCAAAAAAGCAAAAGUCUCAACAGUCAAGAAGAAGGCAGAAGAUUUGCCUGAAAUUCCUGACUAUGAAAGACCUGAACUCGAAAAAUAUGAAAAGAUUUCACCGACACCGACCACAAGAGAAAAACCAGAAAAAGACAAGCCGGCCGAAAAGCCAAAGGUGCCUGAAAUUAAAGCCCCAGAAGAGAAGCCAGUUGCACCUAAAAUUGAGGUUGUACGUGAGAAGUCUCCUAAGCCGGAAGCUCCAAGGAAACCGUCACUAUCACCAGCUCCUCCCGCCAGAAGAGGCUCGCUCAUUCCUCCUCCAGAGGAAAUGGGUCGACGCCCUUCACUAAUCAUCAGCGAUGAGGAGAAUAGAAAAUUAAGACCAGGAGAGGUGAUAGAAGAGAAGAAGCGAAGGAAAUCUGGUGACACAAGGAGACCGUCAAUCCAAGAUUUAGAAGACUUAAUUAACAAGCCUUCAGUUCCACUCAAACCACUUGGUAAUGAGGGACCUCCACAAAUCGUCGAUGUACAAGAAAGCAAUUCGGCUGUUGAAGAUCAAACCGGAUACCUCACAGUUCAAGUUGAGGGUAACCCGGCACCCACCUUCAAAUUCUACAAAGGUGUCACUGAAAUCAUUGAGGGUGGUCGGUUCAAGUACGUCACAGAUGGCGAAACCGGUACUAUUACUCUGUGCAUGAGAAAAGUAAAACCCAACGAUGAAGGCAAAUACAAGGUGGUUGUUAGCAACAUUCACGGCGAGGACUCAGCUGAAAUGCAACUUUAUGUGUCCGAUGCCAGUGGUAUGGACUUCCGAGCUCUUCUCAAGAAGAGGAAAUACGCCAAAUGGGGUGAAAAGAAAGAAGACCCUGACUGGGGUGACUUGAAGGAAACUGAGAAACCAAUACCACCUCUAAAGAAAGUCGAAAAGACUGGAUAUUUCGAAGAUGAAGAUCAAAUUGUAGUAAUAUCGGAAGGUGUCGAGAUGCUUAGAUUCCCAGCUGACAGACGCAGAAACUCCUCGAAUUGGUCCUGGUUUAAGGGUAUAUAUCAGAUAAGGAGACGUAUGUCUCUCCCCGAAUUAAUACCCGAUUGGCCCGAUUUGAUGGAGGCUGUCAAAAUAAAGAAACAAGAGUCCUUCUUGAAGCCUCUCGUAGAUCAAUUUGCAAAGGAAGGUAAGGAUAAGAAAGUGACAUUCGAAGCAAUUUUCACGAAACCAAAUGCCAAACCAAAGUGGUUCUUCCGAAAGGAUGAAUUAUUCCCUGGUUCCAAAUACAAGAUGACAAAUGAACAAGAUUCAUAUAAACUGAUUAUUUUUAAUCCAAAAGUCGAAGACACUGGUAAAAUUACUAUUGAAAUUGGUGGUGUUAGUAGCACAGCCUUUUUACAAGUUGAAGAACCUGAUCCAACUUAUAAUUUCACAAAACAACUUAAGAAAACCCUUACUGGUUUCACGAAACAUGAAGUUAUACUUGAAUGUGCUGUUUCAAAUAGUUUGGCUAUUGUUUCUUGGUGGAAGGAAGAAACAAAACUUGAAGACGGUGAAGAAUUCCAAAUAUCUAAAGAUUUGUCUGGUCAAUGUAAAUUGUUAAUCAAGAAAGCAAAAUUAGAAGAUGCUGGCAAGUACGCCUGUAAAAUUGAGAAACAACCAGACAAAACUGAAUGUGAUGUUAAAAUUGUUGAAUACCCAUACAAAUUCACUAAGGUACUUAAAUCACAACAAGCUAUUGAAAAAGACACGAUUACAUUACUGUGCGAACUGGAUGACGCCGCAGGUGAUGUAAAAUGGUACAAGGAUGAUCAACAGCUUAAGGCAGAUAAACGUAUCACAAUUGUAAAGGAGGGUCGCAAACGAAAGGUGGUCAUCAAGGAUGCGAAAGUAACUGAUGCUGGCCACUUUAAGUGUGUCAGUAACGCCGACGAGACUGCCUGCGAAUUGAUUGUCAAUUACUCUAAUCGCUUCAACAAGAAGUUGAAGGACACAGAAGCAAUUGAAAGAGACAAAGUCGUUCUCGAGGUGGAAUUGCAGGAUCAAACAGCUGAAGCUGUUUGGUCUUUCAACGGAGUGCCAAUAGUGCCUAAUGACAGGAUCGAAAUAAAGAACCUGGGUGGUGGUAAACAUCAACUUAUCUUUAAUAAGAUAGAAAUGGAGGAUGACGGUGAAAUCCUCUGUGAAUCCGGCAAACUUAGUUCAUCUUGUAAACUUAGCGUCAAACAAGGCGAGUCCAAACCUCAGAUUGAAUGUUCCGAUGAGUUUAACGGACCAGCCGGACACCAAUUCGUUAUCGAAGUGCCUUAUAAAAUUACUGGCACUCGUCAAACGCCAAUCGAGGCGAAAUUACUCAAAGACGGAAAAAUAUUGCCUAAUAAAGAAGUUGAAGCGGUCGUUGAACAAGAAAAAGUUCUGUUUAAAAUCAAGAGACCGACAAGAGAAGGUUCUGGAAAAUACCAGAUUAAACUUUCCAACGCCCAGGGAGAAGAUUCCAAAGAUGUUAACAUCGUUAUGCAGACUGCACCUACACCACCUCAGAAUGUUGAAGUCACAGAGGUCUUCCAAACAUCAUGUGUUGUUACAUGGAAGACACCUCAAGAUGAUGGCGGCUCUCCAAUCAUUAAAUACGUCAUCGAGAGACAGGAUCUAUCUCUCAAAGCUGCUUGGGAUAGCGUUGCUGAAGUGGCUUAUGGUGAACCCACUACGUAUAAAGUUGAAGAUCUUAUUCCUAAGAAAACUUACAAGUUCAGAAUCCGAGCUAUUAAUAAGAUUGGUUCCAGUGAACCUGGUCUUUUCGCCAAACCCGUUUUGGCCAAAGAUCCAUGGGACGAACCAUCAAAACCAAAGGGUGUGGAACUCACCGAUUGGGACAAAGAUCAUGCAGAUAUCAAAUGGCAAAAGCCAGACAACGAUGGUGGUGCGCCAAUCACCGGAUAUAUUAUUGAGUACAAGGAGAAAUUUGGCAAAGACUGGGUAAAAGGUGUAGAAGUACCCGGUGACGCCUUAUCUGCUACUCAAGAUGGACUUAAAGAAGGCUGUACAUAUGAGUUCAGGGUUCGCGCUGUGAAUAAGGCCGGUCCUGGUGAACCUAGUGACAGCACAAAACCUGUCGUUGCUAAAUGCAGAUUCGUUAAGCCUUACAUUAUCGGUGAGGGUCUUCAGAGUAUGAUCAUCAAAAAGGGCCAGGUUAUUAGCUUCGACAUUAAGUAUGGAGGUGAACCUGAGCCCGAAGUUAAGUGGCUUCAAGGAGAAGAGGAAAUUAAUGACGAUGGUGACCGAAUUACUAUCGACAAAUAUGAGAGAAACACUGUCCUAACGGUGCGAAGAACUACCAGAAUCGACAGUGGAAAAUACAAGCUGGUACUCACCAACUCAUCGGGAACUUGCGAGAGCAUUGCCGAUGUUGUUGUUCUUGACAAACCAAACCGUCCAAACGGUCCCAUUGAAGUCACAGAUAUCCGUGCUGAGAAGGCGACUGUCAAAUGGCAGAAGCCUGAUGACUGGCAAGGAUCUGAUAUCACUGGAUACACUCUUGAAAAAAUGGAUUUGGAUACUGGCAACUGGGUACCUUGUGGCGAAUGUGGUGCUGAGCCAACAGAGUUCACGGUUAAAGGUCUAACGCCUAACCACAAGUACAAGUUCAGGGUACGCGCUGUAAAUAAGGAGGGCGAGUCUGAGCCUUUGGAAACAGAUGGAUUUAUCGUUGCUAAGAAUCCUUAUGACCCACCAAAGGCACCAGGCAAGCCUAACAUCAUUGACUAUGACAACAUGUCAGUUACACUGCAAUGGGAGCCACCAACAGAUAACGGUGGUCGCCCAAUCCUUGGUUAUGUUAUUGAAAUGAAGGAUAAAUUUACCGCAACCUGGGUUGAGGUGAAGAAGACUGAAGACAUAAAGACCGAGGCUAAAGUAGAAGGUUUGAAAGAGAAAAUGAUCUAUCAGUUCCGUGUGAAGGCUUAUAACAAGGCUGGGGUUGGUGAUGCUUCAGAACCAACUGAAAACCAUCUUUGCAAGCACAGGAACUUGAAACCACGCAUCGAACGCAGCACUUUCAAGUCGGUGAUUAUCAAGGCUGGACGUACACACAAGUGGUCUGUGGAUGUCAUCGGUGAACCACCACCGGAGACCACAUGGUCAUGGCGCGAAAAUGUAAAACUGGUGAACACAGAGCGUAUCAAAAUUGAGAAUGUGGAAUACCACACAGAUUUCACAAUUGUCAAUGCGGUGCGUCGCGACACCGGCAAAUACACGCUCAGAGCUGAAAACUGCAAUGGCUUUGAUGAGGAAACAGUUGAACUAACUGUGUUGAGCAAGCCAAGCUCACCUAAAGGACCAUUGGUGGUGACAGAUAUCCACGCCGAAGGUUGCAAAGUUAAAUGGGAGAAACCCGAAGAUGACGGCGGUUCACCAGUUAAGGAAUACGAACUUGAAAAGAUGGACCUCGCCACUGGCAAAUGGGUCCGUGUGGGCAGAGUUGCUGGCGACAAGAAACCAUUGGAAAUGGAGGUGACAGGCUUAGAACCCGGUCACCAGUACAAGUUUAGGGUGACAGCUGUCAACGAUGAGGGUGACUCUGAACCUUUGGAGACAGAGAAGGCUAUAUUAGCUAAGAAUCCAUUUGAUGUCGCUGAUAAGCCAGGAAACGUCGAAGUGGCAGAUCAUGAUAAUCAAAGCGCGGAGAUCAAAUGGGACCCGCCUAAGUCAGACGGUGGAGCGCCCAUUCAGAAAUACAUCAUUCAGAAGAGACCUAAAGGCGGUGAUUGGGAAAAUGCUGCGGAGGUGCCUGGAACAGCGACCUCCGGCAAAGUUGAGGGUCUACCUGAAGGUAGCGAAUACGAGUUCCGCGUGAUCGCCGUCAACAAGGCUGGUCCAUCUGAGGCCUCAGAGCCUACAAAGAUGACUACAAUCAGACACAAGGCUCUGAAACCACGUAUCGACCGUACAAAUCUGAAGGCGGUCGCCGUAAGGGCGGGCAAGUCGAUAUUCUUCGACGUCAACGUUCGCGGUGAACCGGCGCCUAAAGUGCAAUGGUUCCAGAAAUGGAAGAAAGAUGAGAAAGAGGUUACCGAAAACGUUAUAAACGUGGACUACAACACAAAGUUGGAUAUCAAAGAAGCGGUAAGGGCUAUGACCGGUACUUACCGCAUUUUGGCUACCAAUGAACAUGGCAAGGACGAAGCCGAAGUUGAAAUCACAGUACUUUCGGCUCCCAGUAAGCCUGGAGGCCCAUUGAAGGUCGCUGAUGUUACAAAGAAUGGUUGCAAACUGGCCUGGAAGAAACCAGAAGACGAUGGUGGUAAACCAGUAACCGGUUACGUGGUCGAGAAGCUAAACAAAGCCACCGGACGUUGGGUACCGGUUGGUAAGACGGAUGACACUGAGAUGGAAAUCAAGGGUCUUCAGGAAGGCGAGGAGUACGAGUUCAGGGUGAAGGCAGUCAAUGAUGAGGGAGAGUCUGAGCCUUUGAAGACUGACCACUCGAUCAUUGCUAAGAAUCCUUAUGAUAUCCCCGGAAAACCCUCCGUCCCCACUUUGGAGGACUGGGACGUGGACCGCGUGGACCUCAAGUGGGAGGCGCCCAAGAACAACGGCGGAGCUCCCAUCACCGGAUACAUUAUCGAAAAGAAGGAGAAAUAUGGCCACUGGCAGGAGGCGCUUGUUACUACGACGCCAGAAUGCAAAGCUCGUGUGCCAGAUCUGAAAGAAGGCAACACAUAUCAGUUCCGUGUGAGAGCAGUCAACAAGGCCGGUCCCGGUGAGCCUGGGGAACCGACGCAGCCUCACGUCGCUAAGGCUAGAUUCUUGAAACCUCACAUCAAUCGCGACAAGAUGAUCGCUGUGCGUGUAAGAGCGGGUACCACUAUCAAGUUAGACGUGGACAUUAAGGGUGAACCUCCACCGACCAAGACCUGGACCUUCGCUAACAAGGUUGUCGAAAACGGCCCAGGAAUCAAACUGGAAAACGAGGAUUACAAUACAAAACUACAAAUCUUCGAAUCCUCGUGGAAGAACUCCGGUAUCUACACAUUGAAAGCAGAGAAUGACUCUGGUGUAGAUGAAGCUACUGUAGAGGUUACCGUUCUUGACAAGCCAGGCAAACCCGAAGGUCCUCUCGAAGUAUCAGACGUCCACGCAGACCACGUCAAGUUAUCCUGGAACAAACCGAAGCACACCGGUGGUCUCCCACUCAGUGCCUAUAUUGUUGAGAAAAUGGACGUCAUGACCGGCAAGUGGAGUCCCGCUGGUACCAUCGACCCCGAUGUCACUGAGGCUACCGUUACUGGCCUCGAAGCGGGUCGUACAUACCAGUUCAGAGUAAAAGCUUUGAACGAGGAAGGCGAAUCAGAACCACUAGAAACAGACCAUGGUAUACUUGCCAAGAAUCCAUACGAUGUACCAGCGCCUCCUGGCCUGCCAGAUAUCGUGGAUUGGGACGAAAAAUCGGCAAAGCUUAAAUGGGAACCUCCCAUUAGGGAUAACGGAGCUCCUAUCACGGGAUACAUCAUUGAAGUUAUGGACAGAGAUAGAGGAGAGUUUGUUAAGGCCGCUGAAGUCCACGGCAAUGUCUGUCAAGGCACAGUGUCUAAACUAGAGGAGGGAAACCAAUAUCAGUUCCGGGUACGUGCGAUCAACAAGGCGGGUCAGUCCGAACCUUCGGAGAACACCACCUGGCACACUGCUAAGCCACGAUUCUUGAAGCCAAGAAUCGAUCGUACAAACCUGAACCCAAUAACCGUGAAAGCUGGUCUACCGGUAUCCCUCGACGUCAAGGUCUUUGGUGAACCACCAGCAACAGUCACCUGGCACUUCCAGGGACAAGAGUUAUCCAAUAGAGAAAAUCUAGAGAUUAUCAAUGUGGACUAUAAUACUAAGUUCCUCAUGACCAAGAGUAAGAGAGCGAACAGUGGAAAAUAUGUCAUCAAGGCGAAGAAUGAGGUUGGAGAGGAUGAAGCCGAAGUUGAAAUUAUAAUUGUCGGCAAACCAUCCAAACCCAAGGGACCAUUGGAAGUGGCAGAUGUCACAAAGAACAGCUGUACAUUGUCAUGGCAGAAACCAGAAGAUGACGGUGGUUCACCCAUCGAAUAUUACGAGAUUGAGAAACUUGAUCCGCUUACUGGUCAAUGGAUACCGUGUGGUACAGCCAAGGACACGAAAGCAAAUGUGACCGGCUUACAAGAAGGCAAGCCUUACAAAUUCCGUGUGAAGGCUGUCAACAAAGAAGGCGAGUCUGAGGAAUUGGAGACUGAAAAGUCCAUUAUUGCCAAAAAUCCAUUCGACGAGCCCGGAAAACCCGGUCGUCCGGAACCAAGAAACUGGGACAAGGACUUUGUGGAAUUGGAAUGGAGCGCGCCUAAAGACGACGGUGGCGCCCCCAUUACUGGAUACAUUAUACAGAAGAGAGAAAAGGGUGGAAGGACAUGGCAAGACUGCCUUCGUACGUCAGGCGAUAGGCCAACUGGUCGCGUGACUGACGUUGACGAGGGUCACGAGUACCAGUUCAGAGUUAUAGCCCUUAACAAGGCUGGCCAAUCUGAACCCUCAGAGCCCAGCAAGUCCGUCAUUGCCAAACCUAGAUUCUUGGCACCUAAAAUCGACCGCAAAUACCUCCAAAGCCGCAAGGUCAAAGUUGGACAAGUGCUCAAGUUGGAGGCUGAUGUUAAGGGUGAGCCCGAACCGACAAUCACAUGGACCCUCAAGGAUCAGACUCUUAAGAGUAAUGACAGGCUGAAGAUUGAGAAUGCCGACUAUCACACAUCCUUCACACUACAGAAGUUGAAACGUGAGGAUGGUGGUAAAUAUGUAGUGACAGCUAAGAAUGACUCCGGUACCGAUACCGUUGAAAUUGAAAUCACGGUGGUCAGUAAACCAGCUAAGCCGAAGGGACCUUUGAAGGUGUCUGACGUAGUAGCAGAUGGUUGCAAACUUAAAUGGGAACCACCCGAAGACGAUGGUGGCGAACCGGUAGAAAGCUACGUCGUUGAACGUAUGGACACAGAUUCAGGUCGCUGGGUACCAGUCUGCACUACAAAGACUCCUGAAGCUGAUGUAACUGGUCUGAACGAGGGUAAAGACUACAUGUUCAGGGUGAAGGCUGUCAACCCUGAGGGUGAGAGUGAGCCUCUUGUCACCGAAACUGCCACUACUGCUAAGAAUCCAUAUGGCGAACCUGACCCACCUGGCAAGCCAGAGUUCAAGGACUGGAGUGCGGACCACGUGGAUCUCAAGUGGGAGAAACCGCUCAGCGAUGGAGGUGCUCCCAUCACUGCGUACAUUGUUGAGAGGAAAGAUAGAGACACCGGAAAAUGGGUUAAAGCGGCUGAGGUACCUGGAAACAAGACAGAAGCUCGCGUUCCCGACUUGAUUGAAGGCAAGACAUAUCAGUUCCGUGUGAAGGCGGUCAACAAGGCCGGUCCGGGCAAACCCUCCGCUGCCUCUGAUAGCUUACUGGCUAAGGAUAGAUUUGCCCCGCCGAAGAUCGAUCGCACUAACAUGCGUGACCUUACACUAAAGGCCGGUCAGAUCAUCAGGUUGGACGUCAAGGUCACUGGUGAACCUCCACCGAGCAAGACAUGGUUCCAAAACAAAGAGCGUCUGUCCACUCGAGACGACCUCACGGUAGACGUAGAAGACUACAGGACGAAGCUCUCAGUAAUGGUCGCUACCCGCAAACACAGUGGUACAUAUGUGCUAAAGGCUGAGAAUAGUAGCGGUAAAGAUGAGGCUAGCAUACAAGUGAUCGUACUCGAUGUACCUGCCAAGCCUGAAGGACCGCUUAAGAUAUCAGACGUCCACAAGGAAGGCUGUACAUUGAAAUGGAACGCACCAUUAGACGAUGGUGGUGCUCCAAUCGACCACUAUUUGGUAGAGAAACUUGAUACCGAAACUGGAAGGUGGUUACCAGCCAUGAAAACCAAGGAACCUAAGGCGGAAAUAGAAAACUUGGUGCCAGGACACGAAUACAAGUUCAGAGUGUCCGCAGUUAAUAAUGAGGGUGUUUCUGAACCUUUGGAAGGCGAACAGUCGAUUAUCGCCAAGAAUCCAUUCGACGAACCUGGCAAGCCCGGUACACCUGAAAUCGUGGACUGGGACAAAGAUCACGUGGACCUCAAAUGGACCAAACCCAUCAAAGACGGCGGCGCUCCUAUUACUGGCUACAUCAUUGAGAAGAGGGAGGUCGGAUCGCCUAAGUGGGUGAAGGCUUGUGAGGUUGGUCCAAACGACAAUGAGAAGGCGACAGUACCGAACCUAGAUGAGGGAACGGAGUACGAGUUCCGAGUAAAGGCAGUUAAUGAGGCCGGCCCUGGAGAACCCAGCGACGCUAGCAAGUCUGUCACUUGCAAGCCUAGGAGACUGGCUCCAAAGAUCGAUCGUCGUAAUCUCCGCGCUAUACACGUUCGUGAAGGCGAACCAAUCGCUCUCGAUGUCAAAGUCUCUGGCGAGCCCGCUCCGGACGUCACGUGGACACUUAAUGGAAAGUCUGUUAGCAGUGGCAACGGACUGAAAUUGGUGAACGUGCCUUACCUAAGCAAGUACCAACACUCGAGCCCACGUCGUAAGGACUCGGGCACGUACAAGAUAACAGCUACCAACAAGUAUGGACAGGACACCGCUGAGUUAGAGAUCACAGUUACUUCCAAACCUGACAAACCAGAAGGGCCACUGGAAGUAUCAGAUAUCCACAAAGACGGUUGCACGCUUAAGUGGAAGAGACCCAAGGAUGAUGGUGGAGAGCCAAUUGAGGCUUAUGUCGUUGAGAAAUAUGACCCGGAAACUGGUGCUUGGAUGCCAGUUGGAAAGACCAUCGGCAACGUUCCAGAAAUGGAGGUCGAUGGCUUGAUCCCCGGUCACGAAUACAAGUUCCGUGUAAAGGCGGUCAACAAGGAAGGCGAAUCGGAACCACUUGAAACAUUUGGUUCUAUUGUCGCCAAAGAUCCCUUCACCGUCCCAGACGCGCCGUCGACCCCCGUACCAGACGACUGGUCGGCUACUCACUGUGACCUCAAAUGGGAAGCGCCUGUAUCGGAUGGCGGGUCACCCGUCAUUGGUUAUAUCAUUGAGAAGAAGGACAAGUACAGUCCCCUAUGGGAAAAGGCAGUGGAGACCCACACGCCUGUGCCUGCUGCUACUGUUAAUGGUUUAAUCGAAGGAAACGAAUAUCAGUUCCGCGUGAUCGCUGUGAACAAAGCCGGUCAGAGCAAGCCCUCAGAUGCCAGUAAGACAUUCAUCGCCAAGCCUAGAUUCCUGGCACCGAAGAUCGACAGAAGACACCUUCGGGAUGUUACAUUGUCUGCUGGAUCUACCUUGAAGCUGGAGGCUGCUAUCACUGGAGAACCAGCCCCAGCGGUAGAAUGGAGAUAUCAAAACAUGCCACUCCGACCGUCCAAGGCGGUCACAAUCGACAGUCCGGACUACUUCACGAAGUUGGUAGUACGUCCAGUACGAAGAGACGACACUGGAGAGUACACAGUCACUGCAGUCAAUUCCAGUGGAAAAGACACCGUGACCAUCAAUGUCUUGGUCACUGAUAAGCCCAACAAGCCUGAAGGACCAAUUCAGAUCUCAGAUGUUCAUAAGGACGGUUGCACACUGAAGUGGAAGCGACCAAAAGACGAUGGUGGAGCACCAAUCGAAUACUACCAAGUGGACAAACUGGACACUGAAACCGGUGUCUGGGUGCCUUGCGCCAGAUCUGAUGAGCCUCGUUGCGAGGUAACGGGACUGACGCCUGGAAAGGAGUACAUGUUCCGUGUGUCCGCUGUCAACUCAGAAGGGGAGUCUGAACCGCUGGUGUCUGAGGAGAAGAUCGUUGCUAAGAAUCCAUUCGACGAGCCUGGAGCGCCAGGUACCCCAUCAGUCACAGACUGGGACAAAGAUCAUGUGGACCUCAAAUGGGCUCCCCCUCAAUCAGACGGUGGGGCUCCCAUUGAAGGCUAUAUUGUAGAGAAGAAGGAUAAGUUCGGUAACUGGGAGAAAGCUCUAGAAGUACCUGCAGAUAAGACCACAUGCACUGUUCCUGACUUGAUCGAAGGACAAACUUAUGAAUUCCGCGUUCGCGCAGUAAACAAGGCAGGACCAGGAGUUCCAAGCGACAGUACACACCCAAUAGUCGCUAAACCCAGAAAUCUGGCGCCGAAGAUUGACAGGACCAACUUAAUUGACAUCAAGAUCAAGGUCGGACAGAAGUUCGGCUUCGAUGUUAAGGUCACUGGUGAACCGAUGCCAGAAACUAAAUGGUACCUCGGCAAGAGGGAAGUUAAGUCAGGCGGCGAGAUGAAAGUCCAACACUCAGAUUAUAACACUAAGAUUCAAUGCAAGGCUGCCACUCGAGCUGAUAGUGGAAGAUACACCAUAACAGCUGAGAAUUGUAAUGGCAAAGAUGUGGCUGAAGUUGAAGUCAUCGUGCUUAGCGUACCCAGUCCGCCUGGUGGACCUCUUAAGGUAUCCGACGUUCACGCCAACGGCGCCAAAUUGUCAUGGAACCCACCUGCUGAUGAUGGUGGUCAACCCAUAGAGAAAUACAUCGUGGAGCGUAUGGAUGAAGCCACGGGCAGAUGGGUGACCGCUGGAGAGACGGACGGACCUCAGACCAACUUAGCUGUAGAUGGAUUACAGCCUGGACACAAGUACAAGUUCAGGGUCCGUGCUGUUAAUAGGCAAGGUAAAUCUGAACCUCUUACAACACCACACGCUACUGAGGCUAAGAAUCCGUUCGACGUUGCCGGAAAGCCGGGAACGCCUAAGAUCAAGGACUUUGACAGGGACUUUGUUGAAUUGGAAUGGACCAGGCCAGACACAGACGGUGGAGCACCGAUCACUGGAUACGUCAUUGAAAAGAAAGACAGGUUUGCACCUGACUGGGAAGAAUGUGCACAGAUUGAAGGUGACGUCACAUCUGGUAAAGUGCCAGACUUAAUCGAAGGUAACACAUACGAAUUCCGUGUACGUGCCGUCAAUAAGGCGGGUAAAGGUAUCCCAAGUGACGGAACUGCCCCGCAUCUGGCCAGGCCAAAGAACUUGGCACCGAAGAUCGAUAGGAACUUCAUGUUCGACAUUAAAGUUAAGGUUGGACAAAACUUCGAGCUUGACGUCCCAGUCGCCGGUGAACCAACGCCAACCAAGGAAUGGCUUCAUGGAGACAACCUUGUACUUAACACUGACAGAAUCAAGGUCAUCAAUGAUGCGAACAAUACUAAAAUCAGAGUCAUCGACGCCAAACGUUCUGAUACUGGUACAUACACUCUCAAGGCCAAGAAUAUCAAUGGUACAGAUACUGCUACAGUCAAAAUAUUGGUUAUGGAUGUCCCACUUCCGCCAGAAGGUCCAUUGCGUGUGGACGAUAUUACGAAAUCCGGUUGCACGCUUAGAUGGAGGCCACCUAAAGAUGACGGUGGUAGUGAGAUCAGCCAUUAUGUUGUUGAAAAAAUGGAUCAAGAAAACCUUCGGUGGAUUCCAGCUGGUGAAGUCCAAGGCUGUAAUAUUCGGAUUGAUCACCUCAUUGAAGGUCACGAUUAUAACUUCAGGGUUCGUGCUGUCAACAAGCACGGUGAGUCGCAACCGCUCGUCGGUCAAGAGCCUAUCACCGCAAAGGACCCUUACGGCACCCCCGACAAACCUGGAACACCAGUUGUCAAAGACUGGGACAAGGACCAUAUGGACCUGGAAUGGGUACCACCAAAGAAGGAUGGUGGCUCACCAAUUACUGGAUACAUCAUCGAGAUGAAGAAGAAAUAUGGGCCUUGGGAACUUGCUGCUACCGUACCUGGUAACAAAACUACUGCAACAGUUCCUGGACUUCAAGAAGGUGAGGAGUACGAAUUUAGGGUAAUCGCUGUCAACAAGGCAGGAAAUGGUGAACCAUCUGAUGCAUCCACACCACAAGUGGCUAAAGCUAGAUUCUGUGCACCUACAUUUGACAAAAUGCUUCUCGCUGAUAAGACUGUUAAAGCAGGACAAAGAAUUCAGUAUGAGAUCCCAGUUGAGGCAUCUCCUAAACCAACAGUUGAAUGGCAAAUUAAUGGCAAGCCUGUACACCCAUCAGACAGAAUUGAUAUUCAAGUAUUGCACAAUAGGGUCAUUCUAGACAUUCCAUUCUCCGUUCGUGCUGACGGUGGCGUUUAUAAAUUGACCCUAAAGAACGAUCUUGGAGUAUGCUCAGCCAGUGCUACAGUCACUGUAUUAGAUAAACCUUCGAGACCUGAGAAACCUUUGGUUGUGUCGGAUGUCACAAAAGAUUCCUGUUCACUAUCAUGGAAAGUGCCAUUGGAUGAUGGUGGAUCACCAAUUUUGCAUUACGUCAUUGAAAAAAUGGAUCUUUCCCGUGGAACUUGGUCUGAUGCUGGUAUGAGCACUUUCCUAUCACACCAAGUAACUAGGCUUAUUCAUAUGAAAGAAUACCUGUUUAGAGUAAGUGCAGUCAACGCAAUCGGACAAUCAGAACCCUUAGAAUUAGACCGUGCAAUUAUUGCGAAGAACGAAUUUGAUGAACCUUCGGCUCCUGGUAAGCCAGAGGCGACCGAUUGGAGUAAGAACCAUGUCGACCUUAAAUGGACUCCACCUAAAUCUGAUGGUGGCGCUCCUAUCUCUGGAUAUAUUGUUCAAAAGAAGGAAAAGGGAAGUCCAUACUGGGUUAAUGCUGCCCAUGUGCCACCUGGUAAAACUAAUGCAACUAUUCCUGACUUAGUUGAAGGUCAAGAUUAUGAGUUCCGUGUUAUCGCUGUCAACCAGGCUGGACAGUCUGAACCAAGUGAACCAUCAGACAUUAUUACAGCAAAGGACAGAUUUGUUGCACCAAAGAUUAUUACACCUCUUAAAGAAAUUCGUAUCAAGGCUGGUCUUAUCUUCCAUUGUGAUAUCGAUUUUAUUGGAGAACCAAUACCUGAAGUCAAAUGGACUUGCGAUGGUAAACCAGUCGUAACUAAUGAAAGAACGACUGUUACUUCAGUCGGUCAUCACACAAUAGUUCACACUGUUAAUUGCAAGAGAUCAGAUGCUGGUAAAUACCACUUGUCGCUAAAGAACGAUUCUGGUUCAGAUGAAGGUAGCUUUGACGUAAUUGUAUUAGAUGUACCGGGACCACCGCAACCACCGUUCGAAUAUGAAGAAAUCACUGCUCAAUCUGUAACUUUGUCGUGGAAACCACCUAAAGAUAAUGGUGGCAGUGAAAUUACUGGUUAUGUUAUCGAGAAACGAGAUCUUACUCAUGGUGGUGGAUGGGUGCCUGCCGUCACUUACGUUAAUCCUAAAAACAACCACGCAACUGUGCCACGACUUUCUGAAGGCACGAAAUAUGAAUUCAGAGUAUUUGCUGAGAAUUUACAAGGUCGUUCUGAACCUUUGGUUACAGACAAGCCAGUCAUAGCCAAGAAUCAGUACACUGCACCUGGUAAACCUGGAAAACCAGAACUCGUAUCUGCGGAUAAGGAUCACAUUAAAAUUAAAUGGUCUUCGCCUAUUUCAAAUGGUGGAUCUAAUAUUCUUGGUUACGACGUUGAAAGAAGAGACAAGGCCACAGGCAGAUGGAUCAAAGUGAACAGAGAACCUGUUCGAUUCAAUGAGUAUACUGAUGACAGAGUUCAAGAAGGUCAUCAAUAUGAAUACAGAGUAUCUGCCAUCAACGCAGCUGGAGCUGGACAGCCUUCAGAUCCAUCGAACGUUAUUAUUGCCAAACCAAUGAAAGAGAAACCGAAACUGUGGUUAGACGGUCUUAUCGGUCGCAAGAUUAAAGUCAGGGCUGGUGAACCGAUAAACAUAAACAUUCCAAUAACUGGUGCUCCAACACCAACUAUAACGUGGACCAAGGGAACGAUUCCUGUCGCGCCCUCAUAUAGGAUAUCUGCCGAAACUAAAGCUGAUGAAACCAGACUUAGCAUUGAAAAAUCUACAAGGGAAGAUGCAGGUAAAUAUACAAUUACAGCAAGUAAUGAUCAUGGAAAAGAUUCGGCCGACAUCGAAGUUAUUGUCGUUGAUAAGCCUGGAAUGCCUAAAGGCCCAUUGGUUUGCACGCCUGUUACCCAUGAAUCCAUGAGCCUAACAUGGCAGCCACCGACUGAUGACGGUGGUAGUGAGAUUACUGGUUACGUUGUUGAAGUAGCUGAGUUUGGUGUUAAUGACUGGCGAACAGUCGCAGGGUUCUGUCCAAAAUGCUCAUUCACCGUCAAGAACUUGACUGAAGGUAAGAAAUACGUAUUUAGAGUUCGCGCUGAAAACUUAUAUGGCCUUUCUGAACCCUUGGAAAGCAAGCCAAUUGUUGCUAAACUGCCGUUCGAUCCACCAGAUGCGCCAGACACACCUAAAAUCACUGGCUACAGUGCCAACAGCUGCUCACUUGAAUGGCAGCCACCAACAAAUUGCGGUGGCAAACCUAUUACUGGAUACUAUGUUGAGAAGAGAGAACGCGGAGGCGAUUGGGUUAAGGUUAACAACUAUCCUACGCCAAAUACUUGCUACACGGUCCAAGACCUACGUGAGGGCAACCGCUAUGAGUUCCGUGUCAUUGCAGUCAAUGAAGCUGGACCUGGUAAACCCAGUAAGCCUACUGAACCUAUCGUUGCGCAAACUCAACGACACAAACCAAGUCCACCAGAAGCACCCAAAGCGGACAGAAUUACAAAGGACUCCGUCACGUUGUCCUGGAGACCACCCAAGAGUGAUGGUGGCGCUAAGAUCAAGGGUUAUAUUAUUCAGCAAAAGGGCAAGGGAGACAAAGACUGGAAAGAUGUUAAUGACGUACCAAUACCAAAUCUUGUACACACUGUACCAAAACUUAAAGAAGGCGAUGUGUACCAAUUCAGAGUUAUUGCUGUUAAUGAUGUUGGACAAUCUGAACCAAGCAAACCAACAGGCGAUAUUACGAUCGCUGAACAGCCAAACAAACCUUGCAUGGACCUCGGUGGUGUUCGCGAUAUUACAGUACGCGCUGGCGAGGACUUUUCUAUUCAUGUUCCGUAUACCGGUUUCCCACAACCUACGGCAUCUUGGUUUGCGGAUGAUAAAUUGCUUGACGUUGAAGGAGAUUCCAGAAUAUUCCAGAAAAUCACACCAGAAUCUGCGUCUCUUGUUGUUAAGAAUGCAAAGAGGACAGACGGCGGACAAUAUCGUUUGCAGUUGCGUAACCCGUCUGGAUACGACACUGCUACUAUCAAUGUACGCGUGCUCGACAGACCUGGAAAACCAGAGAACUUACGUGCUGAUGAAUUUGAGGGUGAAGCACUCACAUUGUACUGGAACCCACCGAAAGAUAAUGGUGGUGGCGAGAUCACGAACUACGUCGUUGAAAAGCGUGAAGCUCGCACGCCUAAUUGGACCAAAGUUUCCGGUUACGUCACGACACCGUUCCUCCGGGUGAAGAACUUGACCGUAGGAAAGAGCUACGAAUUCAGGGUGAUGGCCGAGAAUCAAUAUGGCCAAUCUGAACCCGCACAGACCACAGAACCGAUCAGAGCGAGACAUCCAUUCGAUCCGCCUGGCGCACCCGGCGCGCCUCGCUCCGUCGAAACAACAGAAUCCUCGAUUACUGUUACUUGGACGAAGCCUCGCAAUGACGGAGGAUCGCCCAUCACGGGCUACAUUCUCGAAAAGAGGCUGAUCACCGAGGACAAAUGGACGAAGGCGUCCCAUGCACACAUUCCAGACACAACUUACAAGGUGUCAGGCCUUAUUGAAAAUCAUGAGUAUGAGUUCCGUGUGUCAGCCGUUAACGCGGCGGGUCAGGGCCCGUGGUCACAGAGCUCGGACACCAUCCGCGCAUGCGCACCGCCCAACGCGCCUCGCAUCACUAGUGACCUCAGCCUGCGGGACAUCACCGUCAUCGCUGGCGAGGAAAUCAAGAUCACCGUGCCCUUCACUGGAAACCCGAGACCAAAGGUAUCGUGGAUAGUAAACAACGACGAAGUGUUCCCUGAUCACCGCAUCAGGUUCGUUACUUCUGACGUGGACACGGUCUUCCACAACUCGAGCGCCAAGCGUUCCGACACGGGCUCGUAUACUGUACAGCUGAUAAACAGCGAAGGAUCUGACAGCGGCACAUGCAGGGUACUGGUAGUGGACAGACCAUCCCCGCCAGUUGGCCCACUCGACGUAUCUGAUAUCACACCAGAUACUUGCACGUUGUCAUGGAAACCACCUCUAGAUGACGGCGGAUCACCCAUAACCAACUACAUCGUUGAAAAGAUGGACAAUGUCGGGGUAUGGUCAAAGAUCUCAUCGUUCGUCCGUAACUGCCAUUACAAUGUAAUGGGUCUGGAACCGAACCGCAAGUACAUGUUCCGCGUGCGCGCUGAGAACCAGUACGGUGUUUCGGAACCACUGACUAUGGACGACUAUAUCACUGCCAAGUUCCCAUUCACGGUACCAGACCCACCGGGCGUGCCACGUGUAAUAGACUGGGAUGGUUCCACCGCAAAUGUGGUCUGGGAUAGGCCGAGAUCAGACGGUGGUGCUCGCAUCCAAGGAUACAAGAUGGAGUUCCGUGAUGUACAGGAUAAAGUGUGGACCAGUGCUGAUUACCUGGUUAAGGACUGCAAUUACCAGGCGUACAAUUUGGAACCUGGCCACGAGUAUGAAUUCCGCGUUCGUGCUAAAAACGCUGCUGGGUUCAGCAAGUAUUCGGCCAGUUCACAGCCUUUCAAGGUCAGAGGAAAAGCUGGUCCUCCAUCAGCUCCGAGAUCACCAAGAGUGCUUCGGGUCGGCAGGAACUACGUUGAUGUAUCCUGGGAUCCACCAGCAUCUGAUGGAGGUUCUCGUGUAACAGGCUAUAUAAUAGAGCGUCGUGAACUCAGCAGCUCAGUAUGGGUCAAGUGUAACGACUACACAGUACUUGAUACAACAUUUACUGCUCUCAACCUUAGUGAAAAGGCUGACUUCGAGUUCAGAAUCAUCGCUGUUAACUCUGCUGGUAAAUCCGAACCCUCGACCUGCACAACGCCGGUCCGUACCGGCGAGGAGGUGGGCGGCGCGAAGCCCGAGUGGCUGAAGCAAAUGGCCCCAACUAUGAGCGCGCCGUUGGGACGUCCUCAUGUGCUCGAGUGUGUCGCGUCCGGCAGUCCCGUGCCGACCGGGCGCUGGCUCAAGAACGGCAGGGAGCUUGUUCUCGGUACCAGAUUUAUUGCGGAGUCUCGUGAGGGUACACUGAAAUUGAACAUUCUGGAAACAACCGAAGCUGACGAGGGUGACUACACAUGUGAAGCUAGCAAUAGUCUUGGACACAUUUACUGCACUGCGCAUCUUAAGAUCGGAAGUCCUCCACGCAUCACCCGUAUGCCAGGUGAUCUUCACUUACCAGAACACGAUAACACCAAGAUCAAGAUCCUAUACACUGGAGACCAGCCCGCAGAUGUCACACUCAGCAAGGAUGGCCACAAGGUCACCGAAUCUCCGCAUCUGAAGUACACAGUCUUCGAUGAUUACAUUCUCAUCUUUAUCAAGGAUAUCACUAAGGAUGAUAUGGGAACAUACAAAGUCACAAUCAAGAACAACUCCGGCGAAACAUCAGACACGUUCUCGGUAACCGUAACUGGUCUACCUGGACCUCCGCAAGGACCAUUAGAAGCUACAGACAUAACCAAAUACACAUGCACUUUAGCCUGGAAACCACCAACAUACGACGGUGGUUUACCAGUCACCCACUAUGUGGUUGAGAGGAUAGACAUUUCUGGUACAUCUUGGAUAACCAUAGCAUCCUCGGUUAGAGAUACAAGGUUCACAGUGCAUGGUCUGACUGAAGGUCAAGAGUACAACUUCAGGAUACACGCUGCUAAUGAUAACGGAAUUGGACCAGGAUUGGAGGGUGUUAACCCGAUUAAGGCCAAAGCGCCCUUCGACCCACCAUCUGCUCCAGGCGUGCCCAGUAUCAUCGCGGUGGGCGGACAUUUCGUACACCUCGAAUGGGACAAACCCGAAAAUGAUGGCGGAGCACGUGUACAGGGCUACUGGGUAGACAAACGCGAAGUUGGCUCUAUGAGCUGGCAACGAGUAAACCCAACCCUGUGUGUACCGAACCAACUCAACUGCGCUAACCUGAUCGAGGGUCGCCAGUACGAAUUCCGUGUGAUUGCUCAGAAUGAGGCUGGUCUCUCACCACCUAGCACUAACAGCCAGCAAGUCAAGGUCGUUGACCCGAAGGCUGCCACACCACCGGAAAUCGUGAAACCACUGAAGAAUGCCAACUGCAUCCAGUACCACAAUGCUAAGUUCCAGUGUACCAUCACUGGCUCGCCCAAACCCACGAUUACGUGGUACAAAGGUGCUCGUGAGAUAACCAACGGCCCUCGUCAUCGUAUCUGGAGCGAAGGUGACAAUCAUUUCUUAACCGUGAUGGACGUAUUCGGAGAGGACGCGGACGAGUACGUGUGCCGCGCUGUUAACAAGGCGGGAGUCAAGAGCACUAGAGCUGAGCUGCUUAUCAUGACUGCACCAAAACUGAACGUACCGCCGCGAUUCCGCGAUACCGCCUACUUCGACAAGGGCGAGAACGUGGUAAUCAAAAUUCCAUUCACCGGUCACCCGGUGCCUAAGAUCACGUGGGUGAGGGAGGGGGAGACGAUUGAGUCAGGGCACCACUACCACGUGGAGAGAAAGGAACGACACGCCAUCCUCACGAUCCGUGACGCCAGCAAGAUAGACUCAGGACCGUACAGAAUUACCGCUGAAAACGAACUAGGACAGGAUUCCGCCAUUAUCAACAUUGAAAUUAGCGAUCGCCCAGACCCACCGCGCUUCCCAGCUGUGGACAACAUCGGCGUGGAUUCAUUGGCAUUGUCAUGGAAGGCACCAGUGUGGGACGGCGGUUCAGACAUCACCAACUACCUGGUCGAAAAGAGGGAACACCCAAUGUCCAGCUGGAUAAGAGUUGGAAACACCAGAUUCACAACAAUGGCGAUCACAGGAUUGGCGUCAGGCAAGCAAUACGAGUUCCGAGUAUACGCUGAAAACAUUUACGGACGGUCGGAGCCUAGCGAACCCACGUCUCUGAUACAGACCAAGUCUAUCAUCAAGAAAGAGUUCAAGAAGAAAGAAUAUCCGGUUGAUGAGACAGGCAAACGUAUCCGAACGAACGCAGAUCACGGACCGGUCAAGGACUACGAUAGCUAUGUCUUCGACAUCUACAGUAAAUAUGUACCGCAACCCGUCGAUAUACGCACUUGCUCUGUGUACGACAAAUAUGACAUACUCGAAGAGAUUGGCACAGGCGCGUUCGGUGUAGUCCAUCGGUGUCGCGAACGCGCUACUGGCAACUACUUCGCAGCUAAGUUUAUACCAGUCGCUGGAGCUAUGGAGAAAGAGCUGAUCAAGAAGGAAAUCGAUAUUAUGAAUCAUUUGCAUCACAGGAAACUGAUCAAUUUGCACGAUGCCUUCGAAGAUGAUGACGAAAUGGUUCUGAUAUUCGAAUUCCUAUCUGGCGGAGAACUAUUCGAGCGUAUCACGGAACCUGGCUACAAUAUGAGUGAGGCCGAAGCAGCGCACUACAUGAGACAAGUCUGCGAAGGAGUGCGACACAUGCACGAGCAAAACAUCAUCCACUUGGAUCUCAAGCCUGAAAACGUUAUGUGUACCACCAGGACUGGUACUGAUGUUAAGAUUAUCGACUUCGGUCUAGCCACAAAGUUGGAUCCGAAUGAAGUGGUCAAGAUAUCAACCGGUACAGCGGAAUUUGCAGCACCAGAGAUUGUAGAGCGCGAGCCAGUCGGUUUCUACACCGAUAUGUGGGCCGUUGGAGUGCUCGCUUAUGUGUUAUUAUCCGGACUGUCACCGUUCGCCGGUAACAACGACAUUGAAACCUUGAAGAAUGUGAAGGCUUGCGACUGGGAGUUCGACGAGGAGGCCUUCCAACACGUAUCUGAUGAUGCUAAGGACUUCAUCAGACGGCUUCUGGUCAAGAAUAAGGAGAAGCGUUUGACUGCCCACGAGUGCCUGGCUCAUCGCUGGCUGGCCGGAGAUGCCACAGCGGCCCGUACUGCCACCAUACAGGCGAGGAGAUACGAACAGAUGAGGAACAGGCUACGGCAGAGAUACGAGAACUGGUCAUCAUUCGUCCUGCCCAUCGGAAGGCUCAGCGAAUACAGUUCGUUGCGCAAGUUGCUUAUCGAAAAAUGGAAGAUUUACGAUGGACAAUUCGACCGGCGACAAGCGGCCCCGCGGUUCGUGAUCAAGCCGCAGUCGGCGUUCUGCUACGAGGGCCAGUCCGUGAAGCUGUACUGCCGCAUCAUCGCGUGCGCCGCGCCCACCGUCACGUGGUCGCACUGCAACCGGGAGCUGAGGCAGUCCGUCAAGUACAUGAAGCGAUACGCAGGCGACGACUACUACUUCAUAAUAAACCGUGCGAAGCUAGAGGACCGCGGCGAGUACAUCAUCAGGGCUGAAAAUCAUUACGGCUUCAGGGAAGAGGUUGUCUUCUUGAAUGUACAACCGGUGCCCAAGGUCCAGAGGCAACACGUAUCCGAAGAGCCUCGUCGUCGCGAACCACUGCCUUAUACAUUCUGGCAAGAAUGGAGCGAAACCGCCCCUUCAUUUACCUUCCAACUGCGACCUCGUGUAAUGCAAGCCAGGGAUACCUGCAAACUACUCUGCUGUCUGAGCGGCAAGCCCACACCUACGGUUAAAUGGUACAAGGACAAGCGCGAGCUGUCCAAAUAUGACUAUGCGAUGACGCAGUCUGACGGAGUCGUGACGCUGGAGAUCAUUGACUGCCGACCGGAAGACAGUGGAAAGUACUCGUGUGUCGCUACCAACGUACACGGCACUGACGAGACCUCCUGCGUCGUCAUCGUUGAAGGUGAAGUAAUAAGCGAAGAACAAGCAGCGCUGGCUCACAACCUGCUGUACUCAGGCGAGAGACGUUAUAUUGAAAAGCCGCUGAAACCGGCUCCGAUACCCAUCAUUACAAAGACUAAGGUGACAAUCGACCCACCGCCCAAAUCAUCAGGUCCUAGACCAAAGUUCUCACCACAAACGUCAGUAGACGCCAGCAAGAAGAAAUAUGGAGCUAAGCUUGACUCUGAAGCCUCAUCAAGGUCUAGGAGUGCUACUAAGGAACUAGUCUUACCGGCCUCAGACUCAUCAAUGUGUAAGCCAUCGUUCGCCAGAGCAUUACCCGACGCUCUCACCGCUAAAGACGGAGCUCCACUACUACUGUCCUGCUCUGUGAGGGGUGACCCCGACCCUAGGGUCGAGUGGUUCAAGGACGGAAAGCCCUUGCAUUCGUCGGAGGUCGUAAACCUCAAAUACAAGAACGGCGUAGCGUCUCUAGCCAUAUACGAAGUGUUCCCUGAAGAUGAAGGCGUGUACUCCUUGAAGGCUAUCAAUAGCCAGGGAGAGAUCGAGACCAAGUGUAACGUUACCGUUAAAGUCGCAGGCCAGGCGAGUGCCCCUGAACCCGACCGACCUCCUCGCAUCGUAGACCACGCCAAGUCACAGAAUGUUCACGACGGGGAGCCCGUCACGCUCUCCUGCAGAAUCGCGGGUGCCGAGCGUUUCGACGUUGUUUGGCUACAUAACAACAAGGAGAUCAAACCUUCGAAAGACUUCCAGUACUCGAGUGAAGCGAACAUUCACAAGUUGCAAAUCGCUGAGAUAUUCCCGGAGGAUGCCGGCGUGUACACAUGCGAGGCGUUCAACGAUGCCGGCGAAUCUUUCUCAUCGUGUACACUAGUAGUUAGUGUAGCUGGAGAACAAGUCGCCACUCCGAAAUAUACAGACUUCCCGCACUCAGUUACCGUGUCGAGCGGCGAACCUGCUAUCUUCUUCGCUGAGUUGGAUAAGCCACCACUCCAGCUUCAAUGGUUGAAGGACGGUAAACCAAUCGACGAAACUUCAAGCAGAUACAAGUUCCAAAUGGAAGGCACGUCGCGAUACCGUCUCGAGAUAGUAAAGUGUAACCCCGAUGACGCCGGACAGUACCAAGCUCGGGCUGUCGGCUCCAAGGGAGACUCCCUCGCCGCCUUCUAUCUUAAUGUAGUUGAUAACUAAAAUACACGCGAAAUAAACACGAAAAUUCUCAUUACAAGGACUGACGUACAUAUACAUAACGGGACCCAAGACGCCACCUUGUGGUACCCCGUUAAUUUUUUUUAUAUGCGAAUAAUGAUAACUGAAACGAUUUUUAUACGAUUCGGAGUCUUAGUGUAAAGAAGUUCAUUUUUUAUAUGAUAUGAUUAUUUAUUUAUUAAUUUAUUAAGUAUUCUGUAAGUGUUACACCCUGUCGAAAGCUUAUGAGAAGUCGCCUGGGAAAUCGAAUCCUCGUUCGUUCUCUAGUCACUGUUUAAAGUUUAAAUGUUUUAUUUAUUAUAAUCAAUUGUUCUGGUUA